CCAAAUCAGGAUAGAUGAAAAACAGUCUGAAGCCCCCAGGCAAACAGAUGUUGUUGCAGAUAUUGACAAGUAGUGUAAAAAGGACAAAAAUAGUUCAAUCCUGCAAGAGGAUGCUUAGUCUGCAGAAAAAAGGCAAGUGAGAGGGACCCACACUCCCUUCCCCUCAUCAAACAGCGAUUGGCUCCUGCACAGUAAAUCUCCUAUCACAGAGCUUACCUAUAAUGUCCCCACUGAUGGAGGAGGGAGCAGCCAGAACAAAGCCAGGUGACCCCUACAUUUAGUGUAGUCAGAUACCUUUGUGGGUGUUUUAUUGUUUAUCUCUGUUUGUGAAAGAGUGAGAGAUCAGUUGUGUACAGUUGUGAGUUUGUGAGGGUGUAUUCAGCUUCUCUGGUUUCGCACAUGGUGUUAAAUUACUCAGUGGGACCUUUAAUACAGCUAGAGACACUCUUGAUUGGAAGUUUGGAUGAGGGAGUGUGAGGGAAGUGGGGAACAGAGCGGAGCUGGCAGGCAGGACAAAGAGGGCACAGAAACUUCUGCAGAGCCAGGGACAUGGGAAAGUGUCUCCAAUCAAAGGAUGUCGAUUCUUACUUCUUAGAUUAACCAAAGGCCUGAAUCCAAACCUAGUGUCCAGCAGCCUGAAUGGUAACCAGGAGGAGAGAAGCUCUGGCGCGAUCUUCAGCGUGGCACUGGUUGAGGUUCCUUCUCUGUCCCCGGAACCAGAUUGACCAUCAUAGCGAGCAUCAAAGCAGGCAAUGGAGGUGCCGCUUGUUAAUUUUGAAAACAUGGACGAUGUUGGCAUCAACCUAGGUGACCCAAGCGACUCAGGUUACCCGACCUCACCCAACUCAGAGGCUCCUGAUCAGAACUUGCUGGCCCACCGGCUGGCUUCUCCUCCUCAGUCGCCACGCAGAGGACGGCGACAGCGUCAGUCUGGGCAGGAAGGGUUUUCCCCCUCCACUCCUCCAACUCUUACCUCCAAGGCAAACUCCAGCAGUGGCAGUCUGAUCUCCAGUCUGAAGCUCCUGGCAAACAGUGAGUCUCCCACUGACAGUGUCUUCAGUAAGAUGCUAAAGGAUUAUUAUGAGAAUGAAGAUCUGUUCGAAAAGCACUGCUUGGAGGAGAAAGAUGAGAAGGUCGUCAUAAAUAUUUCUGGCUUGAUGUUUGAAACCCAGCUCAGUACCCUGAGUAAGUUUCCAGAGACGCUGUUGGGUGAUCCCAUGAAGCGAUUACAAUACUUUGACCCAAUGAAGAAUGAGUAUUUUUUUGAUAGAAAUCGUCCGUCAUUUGAUGGGAUUCUCUACUAUUACCAGUCAGGAGGGAGAAUCCGCAGACCAGCCAACGUUCCCUUAGACAUUUUUGCUAAUGAAAUUGUUUUCUAUGAGUUGGGCCAUGAAGCAAUGGAGCAGUUUCGUGAAGAUGAAGGGUUUAUUAAAGAACCUGAAGUCCUCUUACCCACCAAUGAACUGCAGAGGCAGUUCUGGCUCCUCUUCGAAUACCCUGAGAGCUCCAGUGCGGCCAAAUCUGUGGCUCUGGUCUCUGUCUUGGUCAUUGUUAUUUCCAUCUUUAUUUUCUGUCUGGAGACUCUUCCAGAGUUCAGGGAGGACAGCGACUUUCCUCCAGGUUUCAUCCAAAUGAUCAACGGAACUGCCUCUUACCCUGCCCCUAAAACUGUGUGGACAUAUCUCACGGACCCAUUUUUCAUUGUGGAGACUAUUUGCAUUAUAUGGUUCUGCUUUGAGCUUGGUGUCCGUUUUGUGGUUUGCCCCAGUAAGAGUGAUUUCUUUAAUAACAUCAUGAAUAUUAUUGACAUUGUGUCUAUAAUUCCUUAUUUUGUCACCCUGGGAACCGAGCUGGCCACAACGCCGGACGAAGAUAUGAAUGCAGGUCAGAACAUGUCCUUGGCAAUUCUAAGAAUCAUUCGACUUGUGAGAGUCUUCAGAAUUUUUAAGCUCUCCCGCCACUCAAAAGGUCUUCAGAUUUUGGGUCAAACCCUAAAAGCCAGCAUGAGGGAACUGGGGCUGCUAAUCUUCUUCCUCUUCAUAGGAGUCAUCCUUUUUUCCAGUGCCAUCUACUUUGCAGAAGUGGAUGAACCCCAGACGCAGUUUGUUAGCAUCCCUGAUGGCUUCUGGUGGGCUGUGGUAUCCAUGACCACUGUUGGUUAUGGGGACAUGUGCCCAAUUACAAUGGGAGGCAAAAUGGUCGGCACCCUCUGUGCCAUUGCUGGUGUCCUGACCAUUGCCCUGCCAGUCCCUGUCAUUGUCUCCAAUUUCAACUAUUUCUAUCACCGUGAGACCGAGCAGGAAGAGAAACAAGUGAUGGAUGCAGCUGCAGAAGCUGCCCAGAAAAUGUCAGCUGCUAACAAGUAUGGAAGUACCCUUUCUCUCAACAAAAGUAAUGGCACAUGGCAAAAUGAGAAAAAUGGCAUGCACUGAAAAAGAUAAGUUUUUUUUUUAUUAAUGUCAGAGG